AUGGAUCAAAUCGACAUGGAGUCUCCGCACAGCAAAUGGCAAACUUCUGGAAAUGUUUCAUGGACUAUGGGGGUGGUUAAUACAAAAAAUGAGGAAGGAUCGAAGACAGAAAAGCUGAAAGCAUAUAUAAAGUGUCAUCUUGAACCUCAUAUCGAGACUCUUGUUGAAGAGAAUUGGCACCUUGAAGCUGAUUACGUCAUUCGUCUAAACAACCAUUCGAAUUCCAACAAGAACGUCUACACUCGUGGAUCCACUAGUUUCAGCAAAACCAAGGAACAAAAUAUGUCGAGUUUGAUAAAGAUCUCUGACAUUACUGAUGACUUCUUGCUGAACGACGAACUCACUUUCGAAGUGGAAAUCGGUGUGAAAAGUUCCGAAGGUCUUCCAAAAUCUGUUGAUUUCUUGGUCAAACGUACAGAUUCGAAUGCUAUUUUGACUGUUGGCAAGGAGAAGUUUUAUGUCGAUAAAGAGGUUCUCUCGAAAAAUUCCACUGUCUUCGAGGAUAUGUUUAAAUCUGAUGGAACUGGAAAGGCAAAAAAUGAGUAUCCAGUUGACGACGUAAAUCCAGAAACCUUCCAUUUGUUUGUCAAGCUUGCCAGCGACGUCCCUAUGCAGUUUGAUUGCGAGUUUUUUGAGUAUCUUAAAACUUUUAAUAGAAGGGCCUGUCAUACAUUCAAGUUUAAGCUCAAUCAUCUCAAUUCCUGCGCAAGAUAUCAAAAAUGUGUCAAUUGA